AAUCAACGUUCGUGUAUACGCCGAUAACUUAUAGAUCGCUCUACCAGUUUCCGUUAUAAUGUAAACGUGGUUCUUUUCGUGUGUAACGUUAGUCAUGGCGGUCGGUAAAAACAAGGGGCUCUCAAAAGGAGGUAAAAAGGGCGUUAAAAAGAAGAUUGUUGAUCCCUUCACCCGUAAAGAUUGGUACGAUGUUAAGGCACCAUCUAUGUUUACCAAUCGUCAUGUUGGCAAAACGUUGGUCAACAGAACACAAGGAACAAAGAUUGCCUCUGAAGGUUUGAAAUAUAGAGUAUUUGAAGUCUCCCUGGCCGAUUUGCAAAAUGAUGGAGACGCCGAAAGAUCUUUCCGUAAAUUUAGGUUGAUUGCUGAAGAUGUUCAGCAUCGUAAUGUGUUAACCAAUUUCCAUGGUAUGGACUUAACUACAGAUAAAUUGAGGUCCAUGGUUAAGAAAUGGCAAACCUUGAUAGAAGCUAAUGUUGAUGUAAAAACCACUGAUGGGUAUCUUCUCAGAGUUUUCUGUAUUGGUUUCACUAACAAAGAUCAACUGAGCACCAGGAAAACGUGUUAUGCUCAACAUGCACAAGUCAAGAAAAUUAGACAGAAGAUGGUAGACACCAUUACAAAUGACGUUACAAAGAGCGAUUUAAAGGGUGUGGUUAGUAAGCUCUUACCAGAUGCUACUGCUAAGGAUAUUGAAAAAGCUUCACAAGGAAUUUAUCCACUACACGAUGUCUAUAUCCGCAAGGUUAAAGUAUUAAAGAAGCCACGUUUCGAAUUGAGCAAACUCCUAGAACUCCAUGGUGAUGGCGCUGGUAGCAAAAGUGAAGAAGUGGGUGAAAGUGGCUCAAAGGUUGACAGACCAGAAGGCUAUGAACCACCUGUACAGGAAUCUGUUUAAGGGAGUAAUUCUCUUUCAAUAUUUGAUAUAAAUAAAAAUCACUUUCCAGUGAGAA